ACUCAACUGCAUAAAACCGCUCCGAGAAACAAGUAGUUGUGACUUACAACAACACCAUCCUAGCAUAUCGCACCUUCCUUAGUCAUCCCGUUGUCUCUUGUCGCCGCUCUUAACUCCGCAAAAUGGUUGGCGUCGGCGAAGCUCCCCCGAUCCUCGACUUCUCAGCUUUUUACACGGGCGAUGCAGCGGCAAAGAAGAAGCUCGUCGACGACGUGCGCAGCUGCUGCCUGCACAAUGGCUUCUUCCAGAUCACCGGGCACAACGUGCCGCGGGAGCUGCAGCAGGGCAUCAUGGACUGGAACAAGAAGUUCUUUGACCUGCCGCUGGAGCAGAAGAUGGAAGUGAGCAAAGACACAACGAACACGUGGAACCGUGGCUACGAGCUGCUCAAGUCGCAAAUCCUCGAAGAGGGAACCCUGCCCGAAUUGAAAGAGGGCUUUUACAUUGGCGACGAGAUCUCAAAGUCGCACCCGUACUUCAUCAACAAGAAACUUAAUUCCGGUCCCAACAUGUGGCCCUCGCCAUCGACCCUGCCCGAAGUUGCCGACUUCCAGAAAACCGCGCUCGCAUAUUACUACCAGGUGGUCGACCUCGCAAAGGACAUACUCAAGGUGCUCGCGCAGACGCUUGACCUCGAGGAAUCGUGGUUCGACGAGUUUAGUGAGGGCGCCGUCGCGACUAUGCGCCUGCUGCACUACCCCUCACAGCCUCCAGACAGCCCGCAGAAGCUCACGCGCGGGAUUGGCGCGCACACGGAUUUUGGCACCAUAACGAUUCUGCUGCAGGAUAAAGUUGCGGGGCUGCAGGUGCUGGACAACCAGACGAAGGAGUGGCUGGAUGUCGAGCCGACGCCCGGCGCGUUCGUGGUGAAUCUGGGCAACUUGAUGAUGCGGUGGAGCAACGACAAGUACAUUUCGAAUACGCAUAGGGUGAUCAAUCAGAGUGGAGAGGAGCGGUACAGCAUUCCGGUGUUUUUUUCGGGGAAUCCGGAUUUUGUGGUUGAGUGUCUGCCGAAUUGUAGGGCGGAGGGCGAGGAGGCGAAGUAUGCUCCUAUCACAGUAGAGCAGGCGGUGUUAGGUGGGUAUGCAGAUAGCUACGGGCGGGCAGAGAGAUUCAAGAAGGAUGCGGCUGCGAAGGCGAGUGCGGUGCCGUCGGCACAGGGGGUUGCUGUCGCGUAGAUG